AUGAUCCACCACGACCCCCACGAAAAGAAGUCCAGGCAUUGCAGCAGUCCAGGUCGCGCAACUGUGCCAUCAGCUGCACCCAACGUCCCUACAGCUGCUUCUGGUCCAACAGGUCUUCAAGCAGGUAUGACACCUGAGGCGAAAACCAUUCCUAUCCUUUCCAAACAACGCAACAUGUCCCGACCACCUGUUCCCAUGCAAGCGCAGGCCCUGACUGGGACAUCGGCAACUGGCCGGGAAGCCACGCCCCCCGAGGCGCAAGCAAUGCCCAGAGUUCAGAACAUGAUUCGUCCAUCUGAACAGCCAGCUGGGGUUGCUGCAAAGACGGCUGCAGUUCUUAUCCCCACGCCAGGGGAGGCGCCAACGUUUGCGCCUCUCAAACAGUGCAACUUGGCUCAACCACUUCCUCCACCUGCACUGGCGCCAACUACAAACAAGCAAGGUGGCGCGCCAAUUGAGGCAACGGCGGCUGCAGGGGCGCGAGAAAGCCCCGCUAUUCCCAAACGACGAAACUUGACUCGUCCAGCUGGGGAGACAGCUGCAGUUCUUAUGCCCGCGCCAGGCGAGACACAAACUUCUGUCCCUCUGAAACAGCGCAACUUGACUCGACCAGAUGCACCGGCGCCAACUAUGAACCAGCAAACUGGCGCGCCAAUUGAUCUGCCCACUGUGCAGUGA